AUGAAGAAUGCAGACGAAACGGAAAGCAUGGGCGGGGAUGGAAGGCGCUGGCGAGAGCAUGGUUGGGGAUGGAGGAUGCAGGCAAGAACGGGAGCAUGGGUGGGGAUGGAGAAUCACGAUGAGAGAGACGGAAAGAGCGGAGAGGGGAAGGGAGGAUACGCGCGAGAGCGAGAACUUGAUCGGGGAUGGAGAAUAGAGAUGCAGCAGCAGGGGCCUCACACGCCCCCUCCUCUCCUCACCCCACCCCACUCCACCCCGUGCGCGCGCGCGCAAGCGCCCAACCACCCACCAGCCCUUGAUAAGCCGGAGCAUAUACGAGUUAUUCUCACAGAACAUUUUUGGCCACGAGAUGAUGAUACAAAUGGAUCAAAAGUGGAGUUUCGAGUAAGCGAAAAGGUCGGUCUCGUUUCCACGCUUCUCGUUAUGAUGGCGGUGGAAUCAAUGUCUUGGCGGUCGCCAGCGAGAAUAAUGAUACGAUCAAUGGAGAUAUAUCGCCAUUAUGUUUUGAACUGCAAGAAUGCACUCACUACCAUCCUGAAAUGUUUGAAUGAACCUAGACCUCUGCAGUCGGACGAUUUCCUGGUGGUGCGUCGGGCCCCACGCAUCCCUUUCGGAUUGGUGCUCAUGUUGCCCUUUCAAUGGACAACUUGGAUCAUGUUUGUUUCCACUUUGGUGCUGUUGGUGUUUGCGUGGAUACUGGUUCAAUAUCGUCGCUUUCAAAUAUCCAAAACAGUGUUCGCCGCCCUCGAUAUUAUGGAAAUAAUCCUAACAGGAGGUACCUCAAGGCCCAUGCCUUGGUCAUCUCAACAAAUGGCAGUUAUAAAAUAUACUGAGGGAGGUCGAAUCAUGCUGCACAAGGUCGAAGAAUCUUUUCGUUCUCCCAGUUUCGGAGCUUAUGCUGUUCGCCAGAAUCACUUUAUUAUCCACAUCAUCAACAAUCUCAUCCUGCGCUUGUCGCAGUCAGGAUUGUUCAAUCAGUGGGAACAUAUGCUUGCGUACAGUUUGGAUCUAGAUGGGCAGAGAGUCAGAAAAACUAUUGGAGAAGAUGACGGUCCCGAGAAACUGCGUGUAGUUCAGUUGACAGGACCAUAUCUCCUAUGGGCUGGUGGUUUAUGCCUGGCGGGAAUCGCAACAGUCUUGGCAGCUGUAGAACUGCCUCGCCCGUGGAGUAUCACAGCUCUAGUGCAGGCUGCGCACGUUCCAGUUAUGACGGCAUUCAACCACACUUCGCGAGGAUAUGUCCACGUGGUGUCUAUCGAAGCUAGGGAUUUCGAUCCUUGGCUGAUCAGCCGCUCCUUCGCGAGAAUACCAAGAACUAAUCCUCUGGGAAUUUUCAUCAUCGUGUACACGAGCACCCUCGGUUUGACUACGGACACGAUCCAGAAUGUGCAUAAAGCAUUUUUCUACGUACUCGGCACAACCCGAGUUAUUCAACUGUUCCCGGAGAAAUAUACUCCGUAUGUGGCGCUCUCGGAUACGUACGAUUCGCUGGAGAACGAAUGGCUAAUUGAGUCCUUAUGGCUGUCGGAUUUUUGUGAAGGACAACUUAAUGAACACACCAGAAAAGUGCCACUGACUAGUGAUGUUAAACAAUUGAAGGGUUUAAGAUACGAAUACAUUCCUCGUGAACAGAAUAUGUUGCUUGAUAGAAGAGAGAUUACACAUUUCGGGGGUCGAGAUAUUAUGUUUUCCAUGUUGCUAACAGAGUUGGGAAUGAAAUGGAUAAAGUCAGAAGACGACACGAUGUUUAACAAAUUUCGAAAGGAGACCUUAGAGCUUGUAUUGCCCACAGAAAGUCUCGCCACAUUCUUUAAUCUAUCACUUCUGCGUUGUGCUGAAUUUACUUUUAAAAAUAACAAUUUUAAAUGUUUUCUAGACCACUUCCCUCCUGUUUUGAUAUAUGAAUCUCCUGAAUCUUAUGAAGUGUUCGAGAAAUCUACUCUAUAG